AUGGUGAACGAGUGGUUGGCUUUAAUAAAAUCAGCUAAAAAAACAGGAAUUAUCCAAGAUGGAAAGAAGAAGGUUCAUUUUUUAUUACAUGAUGGUCGAGAGUUAGUAGAAGAAUAUAAUUUAGACACCAGUAUAGUUGUAAGAAGAGCUUGGAAAGAAAAAGGAAAGUUGAAUCAAGAUGCUGGAUGGACAGUUGAAAUUGGAGACCCAGAACCUCGAAAAGAUAAUAAUGAGAUCUUUAUGAUAAAAGAGAGUUCAAAUGCUCCAUUUGUUACCAGAAGAAUUACCAAAACAUCUUUAGAAUGGCGAAUACGUAAUUUACCAUAUCCCAAAGAUGUAUUUGAUGUUAAAGUAGACGAUGAUGGUCAUUCAAUUGUUGUUAAAACGACUAAUAAGAAAUAUUAUAAAAAAUUAACUGUACCAGACUUGGAAAGAGUUGGAUUGAAACCGGUAAAAGAGAAUUUAAGCUUCACUCAUCAAUUUAAUACUCUAAUUAUCACAUAUAAAAAACCUCCAAGCUUGAUACAGUUAGAAAAAGAGGUCUUGAAAGAAGUUGAAAAUGUAAAAGUACUAAAAGAUAAUAAUCCUCAAUGUCCAACAAGCUAG